GGUAGCAUUCCCCGGUCCAUCGUAGCGCGCAGGGGGCAGGGGGGGCAGAGAGAGAGCGAGAGAGCGAGAGGAGAGAGGAGACGCACCGAGUUCUCCGGGGCGGCGUCUUAUAAAACUAUCUCACAAUCCCUCGCGGUGGCGCCGUCCGCCUCUUUCCUGCUUUCCUGCCGCCCUGCACUGCCCAACGCUCCCGAGUCCCGCACGGAGCUGACCUUUCGUCCCGGCGCACCAGCACCCACGGUCCCUCUCGACCGCCACACUCGUUUUAUUUACCUAACAGAGAACCCGACGCCAGCAGCACCGCUGCGUCCCACCGCUCCUUCAGCAACCCCCUAAUCCUCACAACCGCAAAGCCAUCCCCCCCCACCCGCAUCGACGUCAACCCAACCGACAACAUGUACGCCAAGACGAUCAUCCUCGCCGCGCUCGUAGCCAGCGCCUCGGCGUCCGCGCCGGCGGUCGCGCCGCGGCAGACGCGCGCGACCUCGACGGCGGAGGAGGAGCCGGAGACGACGCCGUCGGAGACGCUCGCGUGCCUGUCGGGGAUGGAGUCGUGGGCGGCGGCGGUGCCGACGACGCCGCCGGUGCUGCUCGACGUCAUCGACGAGGCUGGCAUGGGCGCCGAGGGCGUGUCGGGGCUGUGCGCCUUCGGCGCGCGCGUGGCCCCCGCCGAGGCCGCCGCCUUCACCUCCUUCAACCUCGACCUCUACUCCUUCCUCUCCACCCAGGGCGCCAACCUCAUCUCCCUCGCCUCCUCCUGCUCCGCCCAGAUGGGCGCCCCCCCCACCGUCCUCACCAGCCAGCUCACCGAGCUCUUCUCCGUCUACUCUAGCUUCUCCGCCGGCGCCUGCACCGACGACGCCACUGCCACCGCCUCUUCGACCGCUCCCGCCACCGCCGCCUCCUCCACCCUCGCCACCGUCACUGGCUCCGGCGCCAGCUCUGCCGCCGCCCCCACGAGCUCCGCCGCGAGCGGCACCACCCCGUCGCCGUCGGGCGAGCAGGCCAGCGAUAGCAGCGACGUUCCCACGUCCUCGCCAACCGUGAGCCAGAACGCCGGGCCGAGGCAGACGGGCAUGGUCGCGGCGGCCGCUCUGGCCGCUGGCUUCGUCGGCGCCGCCAUGGUGUUAUGACGAACCAGCGGGUGAACACAUUCUUCUCUUCUGGCUUGUUGCGAUACCCCCCCUUCCCACCCUUUUUAGUUGAGAUUAAGAAGAAAUAAAAAUGGUUAUUACCAUGCGUUCUGCGUCUUGAUCCGUGUAGCGAAGUUCUCACGUGGCUUUCUGUGUCUCGUCUUCAAUGCUUCACGUCACUAGAGCACCUACUCACCAUCCCCGUCUUAUCGUGCUAGUAUUUUCUUGCGUGGCUCAUGGCCCCUUGGUCGGGGCGAUCAAGUAAGCCACUCAUCAUACCGUC